AUGCCGCGUAGACCGUGGAUAAUAAGAAGAAUAUUUAGAAUGCCUGUUGCAGCUGAGACGAGUGAUCAAUAUUCCGUAUGGGUUGGAUUGAUAUACAUAUUCAACCUCAUAGUGGGGACCGGUGCUUUGACUUUGCCGGCGGCCUUUGCAAGAGCAGGAUGGGGACUCAGCACAAUAUCCCUCGUCUUCUUAGCCUUUAUGAGUUUCAUGAACGCUACUUAUGUGGUUGAAACCAUGGCAUGUGCCAACGCUGUGUUCAAAUGGAAAAGAUUGCAAUUCAUUAAGAGAAACAGUGUUCAAGAAAAUGAAUCCGAUGAAGAGGGUACUUCACAAAACUAUGGAGAUAUGGAGGAUCCAUUAGUGUGUGGGGACUCCAUACCUUCUAGAUACUAUAGUCUCGACAAUCGGAUAGAAUUAGGAGAAAUGGCCAAUUUAUUCCUCAAUAAAACUGGACGCACAAUGUUUUACUGCACACUAUGUGUGUAUUUAUAUGGAGACCUAUCUAUAUAUUCAGCAGCGGUAUCUAAAUCACUUAUGGAUGUCAUAUGUACAACAAUCCCCUCGAAUAUGACGAACACGUCUGACUGGGACGUUCUUCCAUGCUUCGUAUCACCAGGAACAUCUCAGUACACCAGAUUCGAGUGUUAUAGAAUAGCGUUACUAACAUUCUUCGGAGUCAUGGGACCGUUUGUUUUCUUCAAUGUCCAGAAGACCAAGUACUUGCAGCUGUUUACAUCUGGGAUGAGGUGGCUCGCGUUCGCCAUUAUGAUAACGAUGGCGAUCCACCUACUCAUCGUGUACGGUCCCCAGGGCAGGCCGCCGGCGUUCGACUUCACAGGGAUGCCGACCUUGUUCGGAGCCUGCGUGUAUUCCUUCAUGUGUCACCACUCACUGCCAGCCCUCAUCAGCCCCAUACGAGGAAAGAGCCGCCUGAACCUCCAUCUCUCUCUCGACUACGCACUCAUAAGCAUCUUCUAUCUCCUUCUAGCAUUCACGGGAGCCUUCGCCUUUGCUAAUCUAAACGACUUAUACACACUUAACUUCGUGCCAACAGAUAACGAGAACAUAUUCCUCGAAAUCGUUGAAUAUUUCCUGGCGCUUUUUCCGGUUUUCACGCUGUCCACUAGUUUUCCAAUCAUCGCGAUCACGCUCAGGAAUAAUCUGCAAAGUUUGUUCCUGGAUACAAGUAGAUUGGAGUCGUACAACUUUGUUCUUAGGAAGCUUAUAUUCCCGGUGGUAGCAGUGAUACCACCGUUACUACUGACCUACUUCUUAGAAGAUAUUAGUAUACUAAUAAAGUUCACCGGUUCCUACGCCGGCACCGGAAUACAAUACUUGAUGCCGACAUUCCUGGUGCUCUCAGCUAGAAGACAUUGCAGUAAUCUAUUAGGUCUAGGCGUUGUCAAUAAAUACAAAAGUCCUUUCUCGAACAUAGCGUGGGCGGUUUUCGUUCUGAUGUGGUCAUUUAUGUGCAUUAUAUUAGUAUCAGUCAAUAUGUUUGAGAGACGAUGA